UAAGAAGCCUCCACUGGUCGUACCGUGUUACACUGUCCUGAUACUUCUCAUCUGAAGCUCAGAGCAUACAAAGAAGAAGCCAUGAGGAACGCACUGCUGAGGAUGCUGGCUGCCUUGAUGUGCACGCUGGCCGUCUUUGCAGAUGUCAUGCCUGUGAAAGACUUCAACCUGGAGAAGAUGACAGGCAAGUGGUACAUGGUUGGCUUUGCUACCAAUGCUCAGUGGUUUGUGAGCCACAAGGCGUUGAUGAAGUCGGGCGUUGCUCAGUUGGCGCCAACUGAAGGAGGAGACCUGGACCUCUCCUACUCCAACCUGAAUGCUGAUGGUACCUGCUGGAGAAUGACUCACCUGGCGAGGAAAACUGACACUCCUGGACGCUUCACCUUCCACAGCCCGGUUUGGAACAAUGACAACGACAUGCGCAUUGUCGAGGUUGUGUACGAUGACUAUGCUCUGGUCCACACCAUCAAGACAAAGAACGAAGUGUCUGAGGUGCUCAACAAGCUUUACAGCCGUACUCCUGAGGUCAGCGAUGUCCUGAAGCAGAAGUUCACCCAGUUCUCUUUGGACACUGGCAUCCUGUCUGACAACAUUGUAAUCCUGCCCAAGAACGCUGAGUGCCCCGCAUCCUAAAGUGCCCCCAUCCCGCAUCCUCCGCCCUUCAUCUCGCCGUCUUGCAAGUGCCAGGCUUUCAUGUCAUGGGGAGUCUCGUCGCCUUCCUCACUGUGAUGUCUGCAGCAUCACUAAGCUACACUAGGGGCAAUGAAACUCAAGCAUUUUCACUCUAAUCCCCCCCCGCUACAUACCAAAGCCCAGCCCUGAUCCUGGUUCAGAUUUCAUGCAUCUCCAACUUCUGCAUUAACUGUGGCAUUAGAGUGGAAUGAUAAAGGGCUAAUUGUGAGAAAAAAUGAAAGGCAAAAAUAAGAAUGUAUAAGCUGUCGGUGUGUUUUGUAACUGCUGUUUUCUUUUGUAGUGUUUUUUUUCUUUUAUUGAAAUGAACUCAAAGCCAAUAAAACUAUUAAAACAAU